CCCGGCCUCACUCCCAUCCAGUAGUGCCCCCACAGGCAUCUUGCCCCGCUACCAAGAAAGCACAACAGCUCACCUAUCUCAUUCUCACCUUCCAUUCCAUCCAAUCCACCCAUCCUUGUUUUUUGUUCCUCAUGCAUGCAUUGUUCCUGUCUGCCGGCCUGAUCAGGACAAGAGAGCUAGCUAGCCAUGCCGCCAUCACCGUCGCUCCUGGACCUCAUGAGCCUGCCCGAGCUGUCUCCGUCUCUUGAAGCGGCGGCGGACUCCUCGUCCUCAGAAGGCAGCAGCUGUGGCAUGGUGCAGGUGGUGCCGAGAGACCUCUCCGACGAGCUCCUCGGCAAGUUCGAGGACACCAGCGAGUUCGGCUUCGAGUAUAGCCAGAGCGGCCUCUGGUCACCGCUGGUCCUGCGGCCCGAGGUCCUGGCGAGCGCCGGGCGAGACCGACGGAGGCGCAGCCGCCGGAGCUGGAGGAGGAAGGUUGGUACGGUGUUCUGUUGUUGCUGACAUCCAGGAAAUCAGGCAUGCUGUGCAAUGUUUAUGUUGGACGACAAGCUCUUGUCUCUCCUAAACUCUGCCGCACUUUUCUCUUCUCAUGUACAAACUGUUUCGUACUUCAAUUUUGGUGAUGAAGUUAGUUUGUAAUUUUUGGAUGAAGAUUACUUUUUACUGGGAUGUAAAAAAAAUAGUACUAGGAUGCUUGUGGGUUUGUAAGUGCUGGUGUGUGUCCAUUGAUUUAAUUUGUAGUUUGCUCAGAAUCCUGAUUAGUAAGAUGCUUGGGUUUGUAAGUACUUGUGUGUGGCCACUGAUUUAAUUUUUUUUAAUAUGUAGGCCCAAAAUUUCACUUUUGGUGAUUAAUGAUGCCAAGGUACUGUGACUAAUGUCUGUUUUACGGCAGCAUUAUUAUAUGGAGUCACAAUAUAUUGGCCACAUGGUUUUCUUCGCCUCCAUUAUGUUUUUUAUUCGAAUCAGUUCAAAGGAUAUGAUCGGUCUGUUGGAAUAUAUGUACACGACUAGAAUUUGCGGCUUUUCCUUUA